AAAAUGGCGUUACCCAUCGGUGCUGUCAGGAUAGGCCAAAUUUCUCUUUAAACUUUAAAGUCUUUAAACGGAGUAAAGUCAUACAUUAGUUUAGUUAUGUUAUAGUCUAUAUUGAUGUGAUUUUUUUUAAAAAUUGCCAAAAUGUGGCACGAGGCUAGAAAGCAGGAGAAGAUGAUCCGGGGGAUGAUAGUGGACUACAGAAGGCGAGCCGAGCGUCGAAAAGAUUUCUACGAGAAGAUUAAAGCUGAGCCAACACAAUUUUUACAACUACAUGGCAGGCCAUGUAAGAUACACUUGGACCCAGCUAUAGCUGCCGCAGGAGAGGGACCGGCUAUAAUGAUGCCUUGGCAAGGUGAUACAAGCAACAUGAUUGACAGAUUUGAUGUCAGAGCACAUUUAGAUUUUAUUCCGGAAGUGAAAAAUCCUUUUGUUGCCCCUGAAGAUUUGAGCCAAGAAGAGAGGCAAUGUAACUAUGAAAGUUACAGGAUUCUGGCACAGAAUGCGUUUCUUGGAAUAAGUGAAGAAAAAUUCCUUCAACAAUUAGCAAUUGAGGAACAAUUUGGUGUAACUAUUGAAGAGAAGGAGAUGCAGAAAGAGAGGUUAAAUGAAAAGAAAGGGAUGGGUGCUGCUAUAGGAUACAAUUAUAAUGACCCCGGAGCACAACCGUCUUGCUCCAACCCUACUGGCCCUGACGUUAAAAAAACAGAACAGCCGGAGGAUUCCGAUGAUGACUCUGAUCUGGAAAUCAUUGAUGUGGAUCUGAGUAUUGAUGUCAACAAGAUGGAGGCUUCCCAGGCUCAUGAGUUGAACAGCGUGGGUCCGCUAUUCGGCAUGGCGGGCUGCGACCUUUUCUCGUUCCUCACGGGAGACGCUGAUGACGCUGAGCAUCAGAAGCAGCUGCUGCGGGAGGAAAAGGAGAAAGCCAUGUUCUCGGGACGGAAGAGUCGGAAGGAGAGAAGGGCUCAUCGGGAUAAGAAGCUGCAGCACCGCGUGGUGAGUCCGCCUGCGUAUGCAGCCCCACGUGCUAACUCGGAGACGGCGAGGUCGGUGAGCCGCUCCGCCAGCCGCAGCCCCGAGCCCGCGCCGCAGAUACAGUUCAUCACCUCCUUCGGCCAGGACGACGACGAGGUCAAACCCCCACCUCCAAUUAAACCUCUGUAUGCUGACAAAUUGAAACAAAACCUGAAACCGGAGAUUCUGUAUUCAGAUGUUGCAAGAAAACCACCGGCAAGGUCACCGCCACAAUACAAUGAUUACCAAGGCCCGCGGCCGCUCAUGGGCCCGCACCGGCCCCGCUCCCGCUCACGCUCGCGCUCCUACUCGCGCUCCGUGUCCCGCUCGAGGUCGAGGUCGCGGUCACGGUCGAUAUCGAGGUCGAGGUCGAGGUCCCGCUACUCGUCGUCCAGGUCGCGCUCGUACAGCCCCCAGCGGCGGUCGAGGUCGACCUCGAGACCGCGCCAGUACAGGAACAGACGAUCUAGAAGCCCGCCCAAUUACGGUAAACGUAAUCGCUCGAGGUCCAUGUCUUACGAAAGCAACGAGAAGGGCGGUGCGAAGGCGGCGGUGCCGCGGUACUACGGGCGCCGCAAAGAGGACAAGUCCUCCAGCGAGCUCUCGCUAGACUCGGACUCCAGCGACACGCCCGACGACGGGAAACGCACGUCGGCGGUUAAAUCCAACACAAACCAGAAUCAGUUACGAUUAACUGGAUCCAGCUCCAAAGGCUCAUCGCGGCAAACUAAUUCGCUCAAGGAAAAGCUCAAAAAGAAGAUGCAGGCCCAGUUAUCAAGGCAACUGCGGGCAGACAAGCGGGCUGAGGCGGAGCGGCUGGAGCGCGAGUCGCGGCGGCAGGCGCGGCGCGACGAGGAGAUGCGCGAGCUCGCCAUCAAGCUGCGGCGCAAGCAACGUGAAAUGCGGCAUCAACAGAACAGAAGGUCUAGCGACGAUGACUCGGAUGCAAGUCACAGUGGUUCGUCAAGAGACUCGCCUACGCAGGAAAAGAAGAAAGACGAGGGUAGUCUCUCGAAAAGCCCCUCGCCGACGCCAAAGAAGAUACCGGUGUGGGAAACUAACAGGGACGCCCCCCGAGUCCCCCCCGACUACAGAAACAGGUACGACGCCGGGGAGAGCUCGCAGGACCCCCCGGACGCCAGGAGAUACGAGACCGAGAGCUUCGACCGGCCGCCCCCGCCCUACCCGCCGCCGAGAUACCCCGGCCGGGACUACCGGGGCCGCGGCCCCGACAACCGACCGGAGCACAACGCGUACGAGCAACAACAGAGUAGAUGGGAUCAGAACAGCUACCCUAUGGCGCGGAGACGGCCGUACGGGCCCCGCGGCGGCGGCGGGUACCUCGGGGGCGGGGGCGGCGGCGGCGGCGGGCGCGGCGACCCCCCGCCCCCGCCCCCCGCCUGGCGCACGCGCCCGCCGCCGCCCCGCGCCCCGCCGCCGCCGCCGCUUCCACCCGAUCACGACCGAGACGCUCCCAGCAGUUACAACAGGACCAAAGUCAAGCUUGUCGACUAUUAG